GCACACAUACACUCAUAUUUUGUAGUGGCUCGGAUUGCGCUUUCUGUGGUAAGCAUAUUGCCGCUUUGGUAGCUGUUAAUUGCGUCGAUCGACUCUGCAGUAAAAUCGAAUGUUGAACGGCAUUUUAAGUCAAUGUGAGUUUGUGUAAUGACUGUAGGAGCAAAUUCCAACUGACUGGGCCUAGUCUGCGCUAAUAAGGCGUAAAUACUUAUACGUUCGUUUUUCUGAAGAAUCUCGACUGUUGGAAAGUUUGUUGUUUAUCCCGCGUUUCGUUAUUGGCAAUUGUCGGCUUUCGGAAAAGUUGCGAUGUUUGCAUGGUCAUUGAAAAUAUGUUAUUAUUAUGUACAACUAAACCGGAUGUAGACUCUAAUUACUAAGUGGUUGCUGUGCUCUUUCUGAAGAAUGGUUAUGCCAUAUAGCUAAACUUACUGGAUCGGGUUACUCGCUUGCGUAUUGGCGCGUGUUCUGUAAACGUGCACGCGCAUAUUCAAUACAGUAUACAUACAUAUAUUGAUACAAGUCAUUUGACUUCAGUCGAAUAAGUUAAUUCCUUAUGUGUCAUGCUCAAUCAGAUCAGUUUGGUGGUCCAUAGUGGCUACUGUAAACACUCCCUCAAAAGUGCUUUUAACUGUCAUGUCGAUCUAUGUUGACAGGAGACAUGACAUAGCCUUGUUGAUCUAUCUUGAUCAACAACCCACUGUGGGUUUAAUUGUUGCAGAUUCUAAAUGUCCUCAAUUUAAUCAAUGUGUAUGCUGCUUUUCCUAUGCAAUACCUCAUGGAUUGUGCCCAGAACUUCCAAAACCGUUGUAGUUUCCUGCAAUGCCACUGGUGACUUUAAGUUAACCUUUUUAAUUUUAUAGUCGCUAUGUUUUUAGGUGAUAUAUUAAUUAAUAUUGUUGUUAGCGAAUGGCUGUUAUAGGUUUAAUAGUUAAGUUAUCGUUUCAUGAAAGAUUGCCUAUUUAGAAACACAGGUCUUACAGUAGGUAGACAUCAAAUUUUGGUCAUUACUACGAAAACGGUUACAUUUUAUUUAUUGUGUGUGUGUGUGUGUGUGUGUGUGUGUGUGUGUGUGUGUGUACGUGCGUGCGUGCGUGGUGUGCACGCGUACAUUCAUGCUGGGUACUGUUCAUAAACGUGUUGACUAUCAGGUGUAUCUUCUGAUCAGGCCGGAUCAUCUGGCGUCAAUUCGACGGCAGUAGUGACAGAUACCACAGACGGCAAUAGUAAAGUAACGCCUCUUCGUCCCAUUCUAGCUUCUCAAGGCUGGAAGUACGAUGUGUUUUUAUGUCAUGCAGGCGAAGAAAAAGAAGACUUUGUCCGUCCAUUAAACAAUAAGCUCGAGGAGUAUGGAAUUGUUUCGUUUUUUGAUACUGUAUCUUUGCGAGUGGGAGGCAUGGCACAGACAGAUAUUGCGGAAGCCAUAAUACGGUCUCCUCUAUUUGUCGUUAUCCUCAGUCACGAGUUCAAGAAAAAACCCUAUCCAGAAGCAGAAGUUAACGCAGCAUUUGAAUUCGGCUCACGUUACAAGAAAAUCAUACCAGUAUUUUACAAGAUUACAGCCGACGGUUGCAGCGGAUCUAAAGUCGCAAUCCUAGAGAAGUUGGCUAAAAUUACUGGCAUUGAGAAGAAAACGGAUGAAAAUGUUGAUAUUUUCGUGACUCGCGUUGCGAGCGAAAUACGAGAACGUGUUACAGUCCAGCUUGAUAAGGGUGGGAUACAAGAACUACCGGAACUUUCACCUGUUCGCGGAGACAUAAAGAAUAUCUUCGACAAACUUGACGGAAGGACGUACGAGAACAAAUAGAUUUUGUUUGGUAUAUGGGCAAACUGCAUGUCUUUUAUUCUUUUUUUUUAACUAGCACAAACAAUAUGAUACUAGGUUACAUGGAUGAAUUUGAUGUGCUGCUUUGUAUAG